AGGUUAGGUUAUUGACGAUUCAAUACUCCAAUGAUUUACAAAGUUAUUAACCACAUGACGGAGAAUUACGCAACGAAACUUCCUCAAUGCCGGUAGCAAUGUUGCUCGCGGUUUCUCCUAUGUGUUACGUUCAUUUACCGCUAGCGCGAAGUCCGACCAGCUGUGAACGCACUUUGCUCUCAAAAUCUCAAGAUUACAUAUAAAUUAUCAAUAUUAUCAGUAUUAUCACAAUUAUCUCAGAGAUACACGCGCAUUGUAAACAAAUGAACGCGUAACCGGAAUAACAAGUCUCAGUGACACCUAGACCUCAAGCGGAGCGCACGUCAAAAUGGUUGUGAGCAGGAAAGUGAAUGAAGACCUGCAGAAAGAGCGGGACAGAUGCACGUUCAAUGUGCGAGAGUUGACACAUUAUCUGGAUGGAGGGGAAAAGAUUACGAAUUAUCGGAAGGAAUUGGAGAACAAAGUCCUGAAGGUCAAAGGGCUGAGAGAUGAAGUGCCUGAAGAAUAUCUCAGCCACAAGGAGCGGUAUGAGAACGCGGUGCGGAAAGCGGUCAUCAUGCACCAGGCCCUGGGAAACCUGGAUGAGAAUAACCUCAGCGUGGAGGAGAAAGCCAGGUUAGGCCUCCGCACCACAAUAACAUCAGCCAUCUUUAAGGACAACUCUCCGCUGAUGCUGCACUAUUCCAUGUUCACCAACGUCAUCGCUGGACAGGGAGAUGAUGAGCAGCAGAAAUACUGGCUGCCGAAGAUCAGGAAUAUGAACAUUAUUGGGACAUAUGCUCAGACCGAGUUAGGCCACGGGACGUUCAUCCGUGGUCUCGAGACGACGGCCGAAUACGACCCCAAGACUGAAGAGUUCGUCCUGAACAGCCCCAAGUUGACGGCCUACAAGUGGUGGCCCGGAGGAUUGGCGCACACAGCAAACCACUGCGUCGUCAUGGCCCACACAUACAGCCGCGGCAAAAGCUGUGGCAUCCAGCCCUUCAUUGUUCAGAUCCGGGACCUGGACACCCACAUGCCGAUGAAGGGCGUGAAGCUGGGCGAGAUAGGCGCCAAGCUGGGCUUCAACACUGUCAAUAACGGGUUCCUGGGCUUUGAGAACCAUAGGAUACCAAGAGAUAGGAUGUUGAUGAAGUAUUCACAGAUGAAGAAGGAUGGCACCUUCGUAUCGGGACCUAGCAGCAAGCUAGUCUACGGAACCAUGGUCUACAUCAGGAUGACCAUCCUGUGCCUCAUGGGCAACUGCCUCGGCAAAGCGGUCACCAUCGCCACGCGCUACGCGGCUGUUAGGAGGCAGUCGCAACCUAAGCCUAAUCAACCAGAGCCCCAGAUCCUCGACUACGUGACCCAACAGCACAAGCUGUUCGUGUCCAUAGCGACAAGCCACGCGUACUACAUUAACUGCUACCGGCUGUGGACCAUCUACAAGAAGGUCAAUGAUGAGCUAGCUACCGGGAACCUGGAGAACCUGGCGGAGCUGCACGCCCUAUCCUGCUGUCUCAAGGCCACAACCACAGCAGACACCUCGAUACUAGUGGAGCGGUGCAGAACAUCGUGUGGAGGUCAUGGCUACAUGCUUUCGUCAAAUCUACCGCAGACGUACGCGAACGUCACCGCUGCAUACACUUACGAGGGAGAGAACACUGUCCUUCACUUACAAACUGCGAGGGCUUUGAUAAAAGCUGGCACGCAAGUAGCGUCAGGACAGCCGGUGAGCCCGUCCAUGGCUUACCUAGCCGACCGCAGCAAAAUGACCAAGUGGGACAACUCAGUCAACGGUAUCGUUAAAGGAUUCGAGAAAGUCUCUGCCGGGAAAGUGGAGGCCUGUCUAUACAGCAUGCAGAGGCACAUGAACGACGGAAAAAGUCAAGAGGAUGCGUGGAAUCUUACGUCGGUGCAGCUGGUGGCUGCUUCCGAGGCUCACUCCCGAGUGAUUCUCCUGUCAGUGUACAAGUCAGAGCUAGAAGCGACCUCCUUCGCUCUCAGCGGGGAAACUAGAACUGUCCUGUACCAGCUGUUAGAGUUGUACGCGGUCUACUGGGCGCUGGAGCGGCUAGGCGACCUGCUACUGGUGAGUGAAAUUAGUUUUACAAGUGACUGGUAAGUAUAGUCUAUAGGUAUGCCUGCGAUAUUUCCGGACCGAUACGACCCCUUCAAGAAAAGAGCGUACCUACUCGCAUCUUAAAGGCCGGCAACGCACUUGCAUCCCCUCUGGUGUCCAUGGACAUCCCGCUUGCCUCCCACGCACCUGCAUUCCAUGAACGACGUCCUCUUUCGCUUAUUCUUCAACUC